GCCUUGACUUUGACACAUGUGAUCUAUUAUUUGUGGUCACUAAAUGUGGUCCCUACCAUCACAUUUUAGGGGGCAUUGCCCCCCUCUAUGCCCGGCCUAUAUCCGGCCAUGAUUAGAGCCAUUCUUCGUUUCUAAAUGACCUGCCGCUGUCUCCAUAAUUAAAAACAAAGGUUGAUGAGACCCCAUGUUUGUGUUUGUGAAAGACUCCCGCGUGGGAGUGGAUCUCCAACGUAUGACUGAUCGAUAACGCCUCUCUCCAAAGCGCGCUCGUCUUUGCGACGUGCGUCACUGGCGCGCAGUCAAGACGCAAAGGCGCAAACUCUUCCAUCCCCACAACCGAGCGGCAGAAAAGCGGUCGCUCCCCGGGAAUCAACAUCGCCUCCGACUCGCCGCGCUCUGUCCAUCUUUAUUAUUAGCGCUUCGCUCCGCCCUCCUACCUGUAAAUCUCCCCACUCUCCUCUGGAGCGGAUCUGACAGGCGCUCGCGCUCAGCUGGCCGCUCCGUGCUAGGGCUGCAGGGGACCGAAUGGAGGCAGCGACAUCCACCCAAGCGCCUGCACUUUCCACGCAGGACUGACAGCGAAAAACACCCCCCGUGAGAACAUGUAGGUCUUCUCAAACCAGAAUCCUCUGCUUCUUGACCCAUCGCUUUUUUGCGCACCUGAAGGAGGAAAAGUCGCCGCUGAUCGACCGGAUCCCUGAAUGGAAGACGGCUAGAGAGAUCCCCGCUGACUGACUGACUGACUGACGGGCUGCAACAAUUUCCACUUGUUUACAUGAUCGGAGCCGCCUGGACGCAGCCGCGCACGUCUCUGCCAUGGCGCACAGCGGGAAAGACGCGGACAGCCCUUUAGAAUGAAACCACAGGACUCGUCAUUAUUGCGGAUUUCAACGCCUCUCUCCACGAGAGUCGCGAUUUUGGGCACGAUUUGCGAAUUCUCCUAAAACGAUCGAUUAUCGUCUUCUCAAAGAGACUCCAUCUGGUGGGUGAUCUCAAUCUACAGCAAAGGAGGGGGAUCCUUAUUCUUUUCUUUUCUUUUCUUUUUCUUUUUUUUAUUAAGCAAAAUGGCUGGUGAGUGGGGCUGGGGACGCUGGCACAGGCUCUCCAAGGCUCCUCAAUGCUAGCUGAGGCAGAUGGCACGGUUCCCCAUGGAAGCGACAGCUCUAUGAGGACAAGCAGUAUCAAUACCAAGCUAGACCAGGACUCUUCAAUCCUAAUAUCCAAGAUGGACAACACGGAAAGGCUAGUCAUCCCCUACUCCUCUGAGGUGCCAUGCGACCCUAAUGGACAGCGCAUGUGGUGGGCAUUCCUCGCCUCCUCCAUGGUGACGUUUUUUGGGGGUCUCUUCAUCAUCCUGUUAUGGAGGACCCUCAAAUACCUGUGGACUGUCUGCUGCCACUGCAACAUUAAAAACAAGGAGGCUCAGAAGGUUAACAAUCCUGCCAACAACCAGGCAGCAGAUCGACCAGCAAAAGCUACUGAUGAGAAGGAGGAGGCACCAGCCAGUGAGGUGGGAUGGAUGACUUCGGUCAAAGACUGGGCCGGCGUCAUGAUCUCGGCGCAGACACUCACUGGCAGAGUUCUGGUGGUGUUGGUCUUUGCACUGAGCAUCGGAGCCCUCGGAAUAUACUUUAUAGACUCAUCAGAUCCUAUUGAAUCCUGCCAGAGCUUCUACGACGAUUUCACGUUGCAGAUCGACAUGGCCUUCAAUGUCUUCUUCCUUCUUUACUUUGGCCUACGGUUUAUAGCAGCCAAUGACAAGCUUUGGUUCUGGCUGGAGGUCAACUCGGUGGUUGACUUCUUCACUGUUCCUCCUGUCUUUGUCUCUGUCUACUUAAACAGAAGCUGGCUGGGUUUAAGAUUUCUGAGAGCGCUGCGACUGAUUCAGUUCUCAGAAAUUUUACAGUUCUUAAAUAUCUUGAAAACAAGCAAUUCUAUCAAGCUGGUGAACUUGUGCUCCAUCUUCAUAAGCACAUGGCUCACAGCUGCUGGAUUCAUACAUUUGGUGGAAAACUCAGGGGAUCCUUGGGAAGACUUCAAAAAUUCCCAGUCGCUCUCCUAUUGGGAGUGUGUGUACUUGCUGAUGGUGACUAUGUCCACAGUGGGCUAUGGGGAUGUCUAUGCAAAAACCACCCUGGGUCGUCUCUUCAUGGUCUUCUUCAUCCUCGGUGGUUUGGCCAUGUUUGCCAGCUACGUCCCUGAAAUCAUAGAGUUAAUAGGAAACCGCAAGAAAUAUGGUGGUUCCUAUAGUGCGGUAAAUGGGAGAAAGCAUAUUGUGGUCUGUGGUCAUAUUACCCUGGAAAGUGUCUCCAACUUCCUCAAAGACUUCCUACACAAGGACAGGGAUGAUGUCAAUGUAGAAAUUGUUUUUCUCCAUAAUAUUUCCCCUAAUCUUGAGCUGGAAGCCUUGUUCAAACGCCAUUUUACCCAAGUAGAGUUCUAUCAGGGAUCUGUUCUCAACCCGCACGAUCUGGCCCGAGUCAAGAUCGAGUCAGCAGACGCUUGCUUAAUAUUAGCCAACAAAUAUUGUGCAGAUCCUGAUGCUGAAGACGCCUCCAACAUCAUGAGGGUCAUUUCAAUCAAGAACUACCACCCCAAGAUCAGAAUAAUUACACAGAUGCUACAAUAUCAUAAUAAGGCCCAUCUGCUGAACAUUCCGAGCUGGAACUGGAAGGAGGGAGAUGAUGCGAUCUGCCUGGCAGAGCUGAAGGCAGGCUUCAUUGCCCAGAGUUGUCUGGCUCAGGGCCUGUCGACCAUGCUAGCCAACCUUUUCUCCAUGAGGUCCUUCAUUGAGAUUGAGGAGGACACAUGGCAGAAGUAUUAUCUUGAGGGAGUGGCUAAUGAGAUGUACACCGAGUAUUUGUCCAGUGCCUUUGUAGGCCUCUCCUUCCCCACUGUCUGCGAGCUGUGCUAUGUGAAGCUGAAGCUGUUGCUUAUUGCCAUUGAAUACAAGUCUGAGCAGAGAGAAAGCAGAAGCCGAAAGCGCAUCCUCAUCAACCCGGGCAACCAUGUCAAAAUGCAGGAGGGAACUCUUGGAUUUUUUAUCGCUAGUGACGCCAAAGAAGUAAAGAGAGCAUUUUACUACUGCAAAGCUUGUCACGAUGACAUCACAGACCCCAAACGGAUUAAGAAGUGUGGCUGCAAACGACUGAUUUAUUCCAAGAUGUCCGUCUACAAACGAAUGAAACUGGCAUGUUGUUUUGAUUGCGGCCGUUCAGAGCAAGACUGCUCUUGCAUGUCAGGCAGUGUACAUAGUAACAUGGACACCCUUCAGAGGGCCUACCCACUUUCCUCUGUCUCUAUUCAUGAUUGCGCAACCACUUUACGUGCCUCUAAAUAUAAGUAUAAUGGAUAUGUCAGAUCACCAGCAGAGGGCGCUACAACACCAGGGAACACUGGGAGCCAAAAAGAGGCUGGGGUUCGAUUCAAAGCUGAUUGCAACCUAGUUGAAGACGAGCAUCCGUCGACUCUUUCGCCCAAAAAAAAGCAGCGUAAUGGAGGGAUGCGAAACUCACCUAACUGCUCGCCCAAAAUGAUGAGUCGACACGACCCCCUUCUAAUCCCUGGAAAUGAACAAAUGGAGAACAUGGACAUGAACGUCAAGAGGUAUGACUCGACAGGGAUGUUUCACUGGUGCCCCUCCAAAGACAUCGAAAAGGUCAUCCUGACCCGGAGUGAAGCCUCCAUGACAGUGCUGAGCGGCCAUGUAGUGGUCUGUAUAUUUGGGGAUGUCACGUCCGCUCUAGUGGGGCUUCGAAACUUGGUGAUGCCUUUAAGAGCCAGCAACUUUCAUUAUCACGAGCUAAAGCCUAUAGUUUUCGUGGGUUCCCUGGAUUAUCUACGGAGAGAAUGGGAAACUCUACACAACUUCCCCAAGGUCUCCAUCUUACCGGGUACACCAUUAAGUCGGGCAGAUUUAAGGGCUGUCAACAUCAACCUCUGCGACAUGUGCGUAAUACUGUCAGCCAAUCAGAACAAUAUCGAAGAUGCCUCACUGCAGGAUAAGGAAUGCAUCUUGGCAUCACUCAACAUCAAAUCUAUGCAGUUUGAUGACAGCAUCGGCGUCUUGCAGGCUAAUUCCCAAGGUUUCACGCCUCCUGGGAUGGACAGGUCAUCUCCAGACAGCAGUCCAGUACAUGGCUUCGUGCGGCAGGCGUCUGUCACCACCGGGUCCAACAUCCCCAUCAUCACAGAAUUAGUGAAUGACUCAAACGUUCAGUUCCUGGACCAAGAUGAUGAUGAUGACCCAGACACAGAGCUGUACCUCACUCAGCCGUUCGCCUGCGGCACUGCCUUUGCUGUCAGUGUCCUCGACUCCCUGAUGAGUGCUACGUACUUCAACGACAACAUCCUCACUCUGAUAAGAACACUAGUCACAGGAGGAGCCACGCCGGAGCUGGAAGGCCUGCUGGCUGAGGAGAACGCUCUCAGAGGAGGCUACAGCACGCCGCAGACACUGGCUAAUAGAGACCGGUGUCGUGUCGCGCAACUCGCCUUGUAUGACGGUCCAUUUGCAGAUUUGGGUGAUGGAGGAUGCUACGGGGAUUUAUUUUGUAAAGCAUUGAAGACGUACAACAUGUUGUGUUUUGGAAUCUACAGACUACGAGAUGCACAUCUCGGUGCACCCAGCCAGUGCACAAAACGAUAUGUGAUCACAAACCCCCCAUACGAGUUUGAGCUGGUGCCCUCAGACUUGAUCUUCUGCCUCAUGCAGUUUGACCACAACGCUGGUCAGUCUCGGACGAGCCUAUCCCACUCCUCCCACUCCUCCCAUUCCUCCAGCAAAAAGAGCUCCUCCGUGCACUCGGUGCCGCCUUCAAACCGGCAAAACCGCAGCAGUAAGACGAGGGAGUCUCGCGACAAACAGAAUGCAACAAGGAUGAAUAGAAUGGGCCAAGAAAAGAAAUGGUUUACAGAUGAACCAGAAAAUGCCUACCCAAGGAACAUUCAGAUCAAGCCCAUGAGCACUCACAUGGCCAACCAAGUCAACCAAUACAAGUCCACCAGUAGCCUGAUUCCACCAAUCAGAGAAGUCGAGGAUGAAUGCUGAAUUCCGGAUUAUCUUGACAUCCGUAGGCUCUUCCAAAGCUGGACAGAGACGACGAUCCAGACGAGGAUGUUCGCAGACUGACGCAUUCUCCUCCCUCAUUAAACUUGGAUUGGACAGAAUCCCGGACUGAAAGGGACCUCUCUUUGUGUAUAUCUGUCAAUGUUUCUUCCCUGCUUCGAACAUUGUUCAAUUGAUUAAUGUAUCCAUUGAGAUGUACAUAAUGACAAUCAAAUAUGGAUUGUACAGCCCCUCCCCCUUAGCACUUUUGGAAAUUAUUUUAAGAGUUGACAAAAAAAAAAAGAAGAGUACUUCCUGUAAUUCUUUGCAAUAGUUCACUUCUUCACGUGGCAAGACUGUGGAUUGGGUUGUUGUUGGAUGAGGCUAUAAACUAUCAUCUCCCAAAGGUUCAUGCGGAAACGUCACAUCAAACCAGCUGGGUUCCCCGACAUGUCUCUGUUUCUGUUCUAUUUGCACUAAAACUCAGUUUCUUUUGACAGAAAUGCUGGAAACAUGACCCCUCCGCUCCACCGUCCGCAGUCAAAUGUCUCUCAGGAGUGGGGCAAGGAAGAAGGGAAGGGGCAGCUUCGGUGGCACACUAAUCUCGUUCUUGGUUUGUUGUAAAUCUUUUUUGUUUGAGGUUUGCUUCCUCACCUCGACUCGUCGAAUUGAGCGAGAGCAAUCUGGGUCUGCAGAGCAAAAAAAAAAAAAAAAAGAAAGAAAGAAAGAAAUCCCCUAAUCUAAAACUCCACAGAAUGGUGCAGUGUGGGCGUAUGCUGGCUGAAAGCAAACCCUACAUUUCCUCUGCAGAUGUGUCAGAUUCUAAGGCUCAGACUCAGUUUCAAGUUCGCAUGCAAUGUGCCUGAGCCCCCCUAAUAACACACACAGUGCAGUUAAUUAACCUGAAUCCAUGGGAAGGGGUUGCAAAAAAACAACAAAAACAAUGCCUGUGCAUUCGGGAGUGUUUAUGUGCGCGCUCUGUGUGUAAGUGCAUUUCAACCACUUGUUCUUCUGGUGUCGUGCUCAUCACUGUCACUCACCUCUCCUUCAUUGGUUCGUAUGUAACGGUGCAGCUCCGGAGAAAGCAGCAUGUGGGAUUUUCACUCUAUGGUAGAAACACAGUAAUAAUAAUAUUAAUAUGAAUAAUAAUUGAAGAUUUGGAUCUACUAACACGUUGCAUAAAAAGUGGUACCGCAACUAUGAUUGAGGUGAUCUAACACGAAUGGCAGCUGUGCCUGUUCAGAAUGCAUCGCCGUGACAACUGCGGCUGAAUUGGGAUCAUUGUUAUUUUUUUGUGUGUUUUACAAAAACUUCCCGUCUGAGGAAGCGAAUGCCACAUAUCGCCUAAAGUGGGCAUGACUGGGUCCUCCUUUGCAGACGCCUGGCACAGGGUCGGCACAGAGGCAGUAAAGCGCUUGGAUGUUCUCUGUUGCCAAUCCAGAUGUUUCACACCUCAAACACUCAGGAGUAAAGCUGCUGCAUUCGAGGAGAUGCUCAAGCAUAGUUGCCACUGACCUGUAGAUCCAAAUCUUGCUCUGAAUAAGUAAAAUUCAUCAAAAAAAGUAAAUUCUAUUUAGAUAUCUAAAUGUUAACGUUAUUUUCUACCCAUGAACAUUAUCAAAUUGUACUUAUUUUUGUAGUCAACGAGGAGACAAAGACUUAAUUCACUCAAAUAUGCCAUUAUUUAUUUCACAUUCUACAAAAAAUAGAUCUAUUUUUUUAUCCUCUGGUCACCUUAAGUAAAUAUCUCCAUCUCUGUGAAGCAAAUGUUAGCUUGCUUUGUGAAAACUAGCAUCGGGGCUCACCUGAAGCCUCCAGAUUCAUUUCAAAUAACCUGUACAUCCCUAGCUGAGGACGCGGAGCAGUGGGGGACUCAUUUAUUUCGGGAGGAGUGUAAUAAUGACUUGAAGAAUACAAAGUUGCUUCCACUGUGUGCAGGCCUGUACUGAGCGACCUUCAUUAGACGUGUUUGACCUAAAUUAGGUCCCCUAGUAUGUAUGAAGAGUGUGUGCAUACACAACAGCACAAUGUGUUGCUGUUUUCCACAAAAAAAGAAGAAAAAAACUUCAAAUACGACAUGGAGGUCUGUUUAAUGCCUCCUCUAUAGACUGUAAAAGAGAAUAGAAUCAUUUUGGAAUAUGGAAAAAUAACAUUGUGCUAAAAAAUAUGUUUGUGUAUUCUAAAGAAUACUUUUUUUUCCCUCCAACAAAAAGCUUCAAUGUCAGUCUAUCAGUUGUGGUGCAGCUAUUCUGAAGCUUCAUGCACAUCGUCCUGAGGUGAACUUUUGAAUUGUGAUUACAUCUUUGUCACACACACUGUAGCAAAUAGAUUUAUUUCCAAACGAUAUAUAAGUAAAAAUGUUUGUAUAAUUAGGUUGUAAAUGGCAGACUUGAUAGCCUGAAAAAAAAAAAAAAUUCAAACAGUAUCGAUGAAUGGAAUUAUGUUAAAAAAUAAAAAAGGUUUUAAAGGGAAAAUCACAGAUUCUUGUUGAAAAAAAGUUCUGUCUGUGACAAAUAUUAUCUGGUUUAACAGCCAUCAAAAGGAUGGAAGGUAGCACCAAUUCAGCAACUGUUAAAGUUAAAAAAAGGGAGAACAUCCGAUUUUCUGUCUUUGUGUUAUGGCAGAAUUUACAUUCCAUUUUUUUUUGUUUCAAAUUGUCAGUAUUUUUCACAAGCUGUCAAACUAAGUUCUUGUUUACAGACUGUUUUUAAGAAAGAAUCAUGCAGAAAACUGGCAAAAAUAUAAAGUACUGCACAGAAAAAUGUUUUCAACAUACUUGAUGACUCUACUUUUCCUUCAUUGUGUGACUCAUUCUGAAUGACGUUAUCAACUCUGGACUGGAGUGUUUCCCCUACACUUCUAAAGUUUUUUUUUUUUGAAGUGCCAUGAUGCUUUUCGUUCUGUGAGCAUCCUUCAGUCAUUCAGGGGGCGGAGCCGAGUCCGAGGCUUUUCUACUGUGAGAACAGGGUCUUGCGCUGACAUGGAGAACAUCCAAGCCAUCUAUGCCUCCAUGCCAGUGCAGUGCCAGGCGGCGAAGACGAGUUGAGAGGAGGACCCGCUGUAAGUCCCACUAAAGCGAAAAGUGGCAUUCAGUAAAGCUAGAGGGCACAAACCCCACCAAUCAAACCACGAAUCUGCCGUCCAACGUGUGUCUUGUUGUGUAGUGUGAUUUGGAUGACUGAAAGAUGCACAUCACUUGUGUUUUUUUUCUUUUUUUUACAAAACAAAACCAAGAAUUUUAUGUGUCACAUGUUGCUUUAUCCUUUGUUAAGGUACGACUUUGCUUUUAGUGAUGAACAAGGUUAUUUAUUUCCUGGGAAGUGUAGAAGCUAUAAUAUAUAAAACAACACACUUAGCGAUUGGAGGUGGGUCUCAAGUCUUAAUGAUACAUAAAUAAAGAUUUGUUUAUUUUGCUUGCCUAUCAGUUCAGGAAGAUUUCAGGUUCUUGCUCUUGCGUGUCAUAGAUAAGAUUUGUUGGCAUAUCGUCACUGCAGCAUACAGGCAUUUGACUUAGCAUUCUAAUUAGUUUGGAUGUAUUCUAGAACUGAUGGAUACAUGGAUUAUUUGAUGGUGCUGAGUUGAUCUACCUGACUCUGUCAAAUAUAAUCUGCUGAUAAAUAUACUGUCUUGUACAAAAAGUUUGUACAUAGAUUGUACAUGGUUUCUUUUUGUAUUUUCUCAAAUUAAAAUGGAUGUAUUUGUGUUCUAAA